UAAAGUUAGUGGCGUGCCUGUGAAUACCCGCGUAAAGAGCCGGCGCAUUACUUCCGUACUGUGCCUACUUUCUUUCCAACCACCGAAGGCGUGCGUGGGCUCUCUGAACAGGCCCAACCACGAAUCUCGGCCUAGGUCGAGAAAUCGAGGAGAUACCACGCCAAAGUCAAGAAAUGACCCUCCCUAAGGGCCCAUAAUCGUAUUGUUGCAUUUUCUCUUCCUCCCAAUCGCACGAUCUCGCUGAUCGGUACGAUGGCGGGCCGACCUCGACGCCGUAGAGCCUCGUCGACUUCGACUACCGCACCCCUCGACCACCCACAGAUCCGGUGGACCAAGGAGUCCUUGGUACUUAAGCCGGCACCGCAACACGUGCCAGAUAGCGAAUGGCCGUGCUACGUCCUGACCGAUGCGACCAUAUACCGGAGCGACGGCAAGACGCUAGCGAACCCGCUCCUCGUCCACCUCGAGGGGCCUCUGAUCGUCCGCGGUCUCCUCGAGGUGGACGAGGAUAAGCUGGUCCCCAACCUCGUCAGGUCGAGCGUAAGGGCCGCCUACAUCGAAAUACCCCGUUCGGACCGAUACUCGAUCGGGGACGGGCCCCUCGUCCUGUGGGUUUCGGGCGCCGCGGGCUGGUUCGAGAUACGACCGUCAGCCCGAUAUCUGCCCAUGUACGAGCAGGUCCGAGAGGCCAUCACCCUCUACUACAGCGCGUUCGAAGUGUACGAGGCCUACGCGCAGGCGUGCGGCGGCAAGAAGAAGUCGCGAAGACCGCCGCCGCCGAGCCUGGACGAAGUGUUCCUCAAGUACGCCGUCAGGGCUGGCGACGGGAUCCUGCGCCACGAGGUCGAGGCUCUGUGCCAUAAAUGGGCCGACUUCCUUAUCCCCCAUUUCGACAAGGAGGUCGACCUGGACUGGAACACAACACGCUUUGCGAAGUGGCUGCGCGACUCCCACCCCGACGUACAAAAGAGACUGGCCGACAUCGCGCGCCGAGCGGCUUUACCCCCGCCGCCCCCGUCAGAGUCGCAGGAGUCUUCUUCUCGAGAUCAGGCGACGGGGAAUCGGGGAAGCAGGUCGGCAAGGUCAGGCAGCCGAAGUCUCGAGGUUGAAGACGGCGAUAUGCGAGGUUCUGCCCCGAGCCGCUCGCGCAGUCCGCAGUCGAAGUCUGCCAACAGACCCAAGCCCAGAACGAGCGGAACCCCGGUGUCACUGCCGGAGAAGUACAGGCAACUCACCCACCCCAUUAGCUCCAAAUCGUCUCCCGCGCCAGCGGAGACCCCCAAGACCGAUACGCCGAGAGACACGCCCACCUCCAACGUCGACCACGAAUCCUCAGUCGACCGGCUUCUCGAGAUCCUUAACGAGGUCGCGAGCGAGGUCGACAUCAAGAAGGCGGCACCAUCCAGGAUUCACUCGGCCGUCUACUUCAAGUGCAAGGUCCGCGCUUACUCCGGUGGUAAGGACAUCCUGGCCUAUUAUGCUAAGGACCUGCUGCCACGCCUGGGCCCCGAGUGGAAGGGCACCAUGUCGUAUCAGUGGCUGGCCGACGCCGCCAAGCGGCCCUGGAAGCCGACGGAGCCCAUGGAUCCGGAUAAGAUUCCCGCCCAGACACUCCGGCGAGAAAAGUCGAGCGCGACCUCCAAGGCGAGUUCGACAACAAGACCGGCCACGCAGCUUCCGCCGGCCAUCAACCUCAAGGCAAAGACGAAAAGCGCUUUGCAGCAUGACAGCGACUCGGAAGCCGAGUUUGCGGAUCUGUACGCAGGCCCGCAGCGCGGCCGUAGUAGGUCUGGGAAAGCGGCAACCCUGCGGCUGGCGACAAGCUCCAAAAAGCGCCCGCGGUCCGACCUCGACGACCAAGCUAACGGUGGCCAUCGGAGCGCGAAGACGGCUAAGGUCAACCACCUUAUCAGCGACGAGGACGACCUCGAGGACGAUGUCGAGGACAAAGAGACUGGUGAUGACGAAGUCGCGGCCGGCGAGGAGACGCUCGUCGAUUCGCGUCUGCCCGUGCCCGAGGGCGCGGUCCGAGUCGUCGUGCACGCCGAGCGGCUGCCCACGACGGUACCGAGCGGGCCCGAUGGCACCUGGACGUGCGACCAGGAAGGCUGCACCUAUGUUGUCAGGUCGGCCGACGAGCAGGAAGCGCAGGAUCUGAUUCGGGAGCACUUCCGCGACCACGAGGCCCAGGCGGAGAAGAUCAGUCUAGCGGUCAGGGAAAGCCGCGGCCAGAUGCCCAUCAAGUACGCUUACUUUCCCCCUAUUCUCUUGCUCGUCCAUAUGCACAACCCCAGCCUCGAGCGUACAUGACCUCGAGCAGAACCUUUAUUGGUUACUAGUUGCUCAUUCGCAGGCCCAGAGGGCUCUGCCACCGACCUACUACGCCGUGGGCAGUCAAGUUCGGCUAUCCACCUUGCUUUGAGAACCCGCGCAGCUCUUGGCGGCUCAAAUGCUAAUUGUCAAC